AUGGACCAGCUCAUCAUGCUGGACUCAACAGAAGAUCAUUUACUAAUGAGUGGCCAAAAGAAAAGGUCGCUGAGGGCUAGCAUGGGUCUUGGCCACUCUGCUGAACUGGCAUUUGCUGUGGAACCAAGCGAUGAUGUUGCAGUCCCUGGGCAGCCUAUAGUGCUGGGCUGCAGGGUGGAGGGGACUCCUCCAGUGCGAAUCACCUGGAGGAAGAAUGGGGUGGAGCUGCUGGAGAGUACCCACUCCACCUUGCUGGCCAAUGGGUCCCUGAUGAUCCAUCACUUCCGGCUGGAUCGGGGAGGCAGCCCUUCAGACGAGGGUGACUAUGAGUGUGUGGCUCAGAACCGCUUUGGGCUGGUGGUCAGCCGGAAGGCUCGAAUCCAGGCUGCAACCAUGUCCGACUUCCACGUGCAUCCUCAGGCCACCGUGGGAGAGGAGGGCGGUGUGGCCCGCUUCCAGUGCCAAAUCCACGGGCUGCCCAAACCCCUAAUCACGUGGGAGAAGAACAGAGUCCCCAUUGACACGGACAAUGAGAGGUACACAUUGCUGCCCAAGGGGGUCCUGCAGAUCACAGGACUUCGGGCUGAGGACAGUGGUGUCUUCCAUUGCGUAGCCUCUAACAUUGCCAGUGUCCGAGUCAGCCACGGGGCCAGGCUCACCGUGUCAGGCUCAGGCUCCGGGGCCUACAAGGAGCCAAUGAUACUCGUGGGGCCUGAGAACCUCACCCUGACAGUGCACCAGACUGCGGUGCUGGAGUGUGUCGCCACGGGCAACCCGCGCCCCAUUGUGUCCUGGAGCCGCCUGGAUGGCCGCCCCAUUGGGGUGGAGGGCAUCCAGGUGCUGGGCACUGGCAAUCUUAUCAUCUCAGAUGUGACCGUCCAGCACUCCGGCGUCUAUGUCUGUGCAGCCAACAGGCCAGGCACCCGGGUGAGGAGAACAGCACAAGGCCGGCUGGUGGUGCAAGCCCCAGCUGAGUUUGUCCAGCACCCCCAGUCCAUCUCCAGGCCAGCUGGGACCACAGCCAUGUUCACCUGCCAAGCCCAGGGUGAGCCGCCCCCUCAUGUCACAUGGUUGAAGAAUGGACAGGUGCUGGGGCCAGGAGGCCACGUCAGGCUGAAGAAUAACAACAGCACCCUGACAAUUUCUGGAAUCGGCCCUGAGGAUGAGGCCAUCUACCAGUGUGUGGCUGAGAACAGUGCUGGCUCCUCACAGGCCAGCGCCAGGCUGACCGUGUUAUGGGCUGAGGGGCUGCCUGGCCCCCCCCUCAAUGUGCAGGCAGUCUCUCUGUCACCCACUGAGGUCCGUGUGUCCUGGAAUGAGCCCCUGGUCAACACCAAGGAGAUUAUCGGCUAUGUCCUGCACAUCAGGAAGGCUGCUGACCCUCCGGAGCUGGAGUACCAGGAGGCAGUCAGCAAGAACACCUUUCAGCACCUGGUGAGCGACCUUGAACCCUCCACUGCCUACAGCUUCUACAUCAAGGCCUAUACCCCAAGGGGGGCCAGCUCAGCCUCUGCCCCCGUGCUGGCCAGCACCCUGGGUGAAGCACCUGCCCCACCCCCGUUGUCCGUGCGGGUCCUGGGCGGCUCCUCCCUGCAGCUGCUGUGGGAGCCCUGGCCCCGGCUGGCCCAGCAUGAGGGAGGCUUCAAGCUGUUUUACCGUCCAGCAAGCAGGGCCUCCUUCACCGGCCCCAUCCUGCUGCCUGCAACAGCCUCCUCCUACAACCUCAGCCAACUCGACCCCACCACGGUGUACGAGGUGAAGCUGCUGGCCUACAACCAGCAUGGGGAGGGCAAUGCCACAGUCCGCUUCGUAUCUUUGAGAGGAGCAUCUGAGAGGACAGCCCUGAGCCCACCAUGUGACUGCCGGAAGGAGGAACCCACCAACCAAACGUCCACUACAGGCAUCGUCAUUGGCAUCCACAUCGGGGUCACCUGCAUCAUCUUCUGUGUCCUCUUCCUCCUGUUCGGUCAAAGGGGCAGGGUCCUCUUGUGUAAGGAUGUAGAAAACCAGCUCUCCCCUCCUCAGGGCCCCCGGAGCCCAAGGGAUCCUAGCAUCCUGGCACUGAAUGGGGCAGGACGGGGAGAGCGGGGCCGAGACAAGAAGCGCGUGGACAUGAAAGAACUGGAACAGCUGUUCCCCCCAGCUGGGGCAGCGGGGCAGCCGGACCCCAGACCCGUGCAGGAUCCUGGGGACCCUGCCCUGUGUGAGGAGACCCAGUUCUCCAUGCUGCCACUUGAGGGAUUCAGCCUUCUGGAGGAAAUGACAUCAGAAGCCAAGGCCCCCUUCGCAGGCCCCGCAGCUGCCCUGCCACCCCAGGACGGAGGCCCCGGGUUCCUCAGUGAAGGACAGGCUACUCGGGCCUCCACAGCACCAGCUGCCCAGCCAGCUCACUCAGGCCAGUAG